UCCACCAAUCCCGGGGCGCGUGUCUGCGGAGUCCAGGGCGCAGCGGAAGGCUGCGGCGCCACUGAAUGAACUGAUGAGAGCGAGUUCUCAGCUUGCCCGGGAGGGGAGCGGAGCGAGGGUCCCGGCGGGCACAGCAGAGGAGCCGGGGGCGGGCUAGCGGUCCCGGGCCGCGGUGGAAAUUUCCAAGGACUUGGCGCGGCGGCGGCGGGGAGAGCACGUCUGGGGGGGUGCCCGGCACCGCGGCGGCGCAGGAGGCGGGGAAAGGGCGGUGCAGGGCGCAGGAGCAUCUUUCUUUCUGGAAGGGACACAGCGGGUCAGAUGUCCCAGAGCCAGCCGCACCUCUUCCAGGACCCCAGCCUAGGGCGCCUGUGAUGUUGCAGUAAGGGCGGUAGCAGCUGGACUCGCACCUUUCACCCAGACCCCUCCGGCGCCUGCCUCUUCAGGGAAAAGCGACCAUGGCUCGUGACUUGCCUGGAGGCCACUUCCCCUAGCAAGAAAUCCGUGGGAAAAGUUGCAUUGGCGAAGAUCCUUGUAGCUGACCUCUGGGGCCGUGGUGGGGGUUCCCAAGCCUUGCUUGAGUGCCGGUGUGUGCGAGGAAGCCAAAGGUGUGUGCAUGGGGGGCCGGCCGCGGGGGCACCCACCCCUGCCACUUAGCCUGGCAUUGUACUGAGGCUCCCACCACCGACCCUGGGACGCUGAGGCUGUGAUGAGCCCCUGCGGGCGGGCCCGGCGACACACGUCCAGAGGGGCCAUGGCCAUGCUGGCAUGGAAGUUCCCGCGUACCCGGCUACCGGUGGGAGCCAGUGCCCUGUGUGUGGUGGUCCUCUGUUGGCUCUACGUCUUCCCUGUCUACCGGCUACCCAACGAGAAGGAGAUCGUACAAGGGGUGCUGGCACAGCGCACGGCUUGGAGGAGGAACCAGACGGCUGCCAGGCUCUUCAGGAAACACAUGGAAGACUGCUGCGAUCCUGCCCAUCUCUUUGCCAUGACCAAGACGAACUCCCCCAUGGGGAAGAGCCUGUGGUACGACGGGGAGUUUCUGUAUUCGUUCACCAUCGAUAAUUCCACCUACUCCCUCUUCCCCCAGGGAACCCCCUUCCAGCUGCCAUUGAAGAAAUGUGCGGUGGUGGGAAACGGCGGGAUUCUGAAGAUGAGCGGCUGUGGCCGUCAAAUAGAUGAAGCGGAUUUUGUCAUGAGAUGCAAUCUCCCUCCUUUGUCAAGUGAGUACACCAGGGAUGUCGGCUCCAAAACUCAGUUGGUGACAGCUAAUCCCAGCAUAAUUCGGCAGAGGUUUCAAAACCUGCUAUGGUCCAGAAAGAUGUUUGUGGACAACAUGAAGAUUUAUAACCACAGUUACAUCUACAUGCCUGCUUUCUCUAUGAAGACAGGAACAGAGCCCUCUCUCCGUGUAUAUUACACGCUGAAAGACGUCGGGGCCAAUCAAGCAGUGCUUUUUGCCAACCCCAACUUUCUGCGGAGCAUUGGAAAGUUCUGGAAGAGUAGGGGGAUCCAUGCCAAGCGCCUGUCUACAGGACUCUUCCUGGUGAGCGCAGCCCUGGGCCUUUGUGAGGAGGUGGCCAUCUAUGGCUUCUGGCCCUUCUCUGUGAAUAUGCACGAGGAGCCCAUUAGUCACCACUACUACGACAAUGUCCUGCCCUACUCAGGCUUCCAUGCCAUGCCUGAGGAAUUUCUCCAGCUCUGGUACCUUCAUAAAAUUGGUGCCCUGAGGAUGCAGCUAGAUCCAUGUGAGGAGCCAUCGCUCCAGCCCACUUCCUAGGGACCGUAAAAGAAGAAAGGGCUAGGUUGGGUAUUUUUUGCUAGGUUUUCUACGUGACUCCCAAAAGGAACAACCAAAGUGUGUCAUGGAUUGACAUGAUAGGAAACAAACAAAACCCGAGCAGAACUUUGCUUUUGAUGUUGGCUUGGAGAACAAUGAGAAAUAGAACGUUGUGGAGGAACAUUUUAUAGAAGGUUGUGGAUUUGCAACUGGGAACAACACCAAGAAGAUGACGCUGGCAGAGCAUCUGAGUGGUUCAGAUCUAGAAGAUGCAGUUCAAGGACCAGAUGAACUCUAAUGAUUGCUAAGGCCGAGGGGCUCAUCAUGGAAGCAUGUGAGAGAUGCUGGGGUAUUCCUGAGUGCCAAUGUGCACCGGCAUCGUAGUCGUUUUAAAAGACCCGUCUUAUUGAGACUGUCAUUAGAAAUGUAGAUUUUAAAAAAUUAUUAUUUAUUUUUGCCCUGUUCGGGGCUAUGGGUGGGUGAGUGGGUAGACUUACAAAAUUCUUCCUGCUGAUUUUUGUGAUUUGUUAAAAACAAGUCUAUGUUGACUAUCGUCCCUCCACUUAGCACAGUUUUAAAUAAGACUUGCUUCUUGCCUCUUUGGUUAAGUCUACUUAGCAUGAGUCUCUGUUGAAUUUAGACUGUGUCGCUUCAUAGUCUAGAUAACAUGAGAUGCUUCCUCUCCUCAGAUGUUGAGAGGGAAACUCAAUUUUAGGUCCCCAUUACAUCAGCCCAUUGGCUCUCUUGCUGUUACUUUCACAAAGUCACUCUGCACACAAGUACAUUAUUUACUUGUAUAGUGGCAAAAGUGUCCUCAUUUAAAGACAGGUGAAGUAGCUCCCAGAGAGUAAGAACUUAGUCUCUGAGGCAGAUAGACCAGAAGGCAGGGGGCCCUCUUCUCUUUGACAUGAGUAUUUCCCAUCAAGAUAACUUGUGUGUGUGUGUGUGUGUACAUGUGAAUAUUUCCUCUCAAGAUAAUGUGUGUAUGUACACAUGAAUAUAGACACACAUACUCUGACACACUGUACAAAGUCAUCAAAGAUGAUUCUCAUGGAGCUGUCAAACCUGAGUGUGCAUGGCCUGGUGUUUGUAGCCAGUGUUGGAGAACUACAGGGAUACAGUGUGGAAUCUUCCAUGAGGUUGUAAGCUGAGCUGGCGUAGCAGUUUCUCUCAGUUUGCAUGCCAGCGCGGGGUGCAAGGUGUACCCUCAGAUACGUAAUCCAGAAUGGUAACUGCUCUCUUAUUCACCCUGGCCCCCACCCAAAUCUCAGGAAUAGGCCUUGUGCUGAGCAUAGUGACAAGUGACAUGACUCUUGCAAGUGGGCAGGUAGGAAUCACUAGCUGUGCAUUUCCUUAGUGUCAGUUGGGGAUGCUUGGGGAGGCAUGGUAUGGCAGCUUUGACACAGCAGGGGAGCUCUAUUCUAAGGCCAAAUGUGUUCACUGUAGGAACGGGGACAAGCAGGGACAUGCUGUGUGGUCUUUGUGCUCUGAGGUAUGUUAGGCUCCACGGAGAUGUGAAGACUCAUGUUUAUUGUUUCAAGUGUUGUCAUGGUGUAGGUAAAGUUGACCCACAAGCUCUACUUCACCUUGAAGGAAGAAAUUAGUAUAUUGACCAUGUCUAUGAAAACGGGUCUCUAAAAAGAAGGCUAGCUUGCAAGACAUCGAAGUUAUUGAACAGUUGCACAUUUGAGGGUAGGGAAUUUCCAAAUGUGAUCAAAUAUCCAGGAUACUCCAGAAAUUAGUUGUGCUGGUGUUUAUAGGAUGAAGAGAAUUAAGUUCUCCACUGUGCAGGGCUGGCUUAGUAUUUCCAUCUUGUACGACAGGCAGCACAAGAUAUCAGGAAGGCAGUGUGAGCUGUGUUAGUCAUGUCUGUGCAACCCUGAAUAUAAUCCCUGUUUUGAGCAACUGGUAUUUAAUAAUUACCUAAGAAAGGAUGCAUUUUUACUGGUAGACUUCAUUAAAAGUGUAACAGGCCGAAGGAAGCAACAUACACAAAGAUUACUUAAAUAUGCAUUCAAAUGAGUGCACUAAUUGGUCAAAACCUAAACAAGAAGCUCAUAAAAUCCACGUAUCACAGUUCACUGAGAAUGCUAUCUGGGAGUUUGAGCUCUCGCUACCGUUCUUGGAGCAGGGCGGUGUAAUAGAUUUGUGUGUUAGUCUAUACAACUGUAAAGCUACUCUACGUAGCAUCUGAAUUGUAGAAGAGAAAUGGUCAACACUGUCAGUUAGACCUGUGAUGAUUGCCAUUCCCUCUCAGGUGCCAUGAGCCAACACCCGAGGACGUUCUCAUUGUUAUAGCCAAGAAUCCUAGCUGUUUGUUGUAGGGAACAGCCAUGGAUGAUGGCCCAGCAGCACCAAGCCAUUUGCCACAGAGAAUGACCCAGAGAAAUGGCAGUAGUGUGAAAAUUGAGAAACCACAAGUUAGAAAAAACGAAAAGUUUGACUGCUCAUGCUAUCGGCCCUUUAAGACACAGGGGUAGUGUCCAUGUCAUGAACAUCAUCACUGCAACCUUUCAUUAUUUUAUAGAGACAAUUUAUAGGUAUGUCAUAUAUGUACCUUUUUGUGUUUGAUUAUAUGAUGUAGCUAAGCAAAAGGCAGGAGUAUGUGUGUAUGUGUGCAUGUGAGUGUGCGUGUCUGUGUGUGUAUAGUUCUGUGUGUGCGUUUAACAUUAUUUUUAGUAAAAAUAUGUAUUUCUAUAAAGAAACCUUUAAGUGUACGUAAGUGUGCAUGCAUGGCAGCAUGCAUGUGAGAGGGAGACAGAGAGACAGACCAACAGACAGACAGACAGACAGAGACAGAGAGAAUGAGACAGAGAUGUAGACAGAUAGACAGAUGUUCAGGUAAUGCCCUUUAUGUUUCUUUGCUGGGAGGCCAGUCAUCUAUAGUUUUAAUUUCUGUUUGAAAAAUACCAACUUUGUGGAACUUUUUGCUGGAAAACCCUUGUAAGGAGGCAUAUAAUGAGAAACUCUGUCACCAGUGUCCUGAGGGGUCUUCAUCUUACGUGCUCCAGUGUUCUGAGGGCCCCAUGGCAGAAUCUGGUCAUCUUGACCCGCUUGCAGCCCUGCUUAUGAUCAUGAGGACUAGAAUUCUAUUCUCUGUGUACACGGAUAAACCUUUGGAGACCCUGAAGCUAGGGAGAGAGCAAAUAUCCCACAGUUCCUGGGUUGUGUCUUUGAAACCACGGACCUCUGAAGUCCAGAGUCCACAUUCAGUGUAUAAACUAAAUGUGAGGCCACAGGAUUUAGUCUCAGCCUUAUACAAUUUCUGUUUUAUAAGUGUGAGAGUCUUAAAGUUACAGAUAUCACACACACACACACACACACACACACACGAAUAUGAAUAGUAUCUGCCUUAUUCACAGCCUUAAUGUGCCAUUUAACGUUUUCACAUACAUCCCAGAGAUGAAUGAUUGACACGUGAGAAUGAGUGGAAAGGUCGUUAUGGCACAAAAGAGGAAUUAUACUUCAUGGUUACUCAUCUACCUAUGGCUGACUGUCAGUCUCACUUCUGUGUUAAAAAGCCUUCCUGGGUUUUGCUUUUCAGUUGAAGGUGUUGGGAUUCAGUCAAUGAUGCAAAGUUGUCCAAGAGUUUUAUGGUGUAAUAUCUGAAUAUAAUGAGUGUGUUUCAUCUUGCUUCUGUGUAAUUCAACUCCCUCCAGGUAGCUGUCACUUUCAAGUGUAUGUUUCAUGCAAUAACAGUAAACACCAAGAGAUGUGACUUAGUCCAAAACAAAAAAAAACUGGACUCAUGGAAUUCCGGAUCCCUCUUUACAGAGAUAGAAAGAAAAAAUGCAGUAGAGAAAAAGAUGUAACCAAAAUGAAAACUAAGUGAUUAUUUCCCCACUGCAAAUGAUCUAUUGGGAAGGGUCUCAGCCUCAGAAGGCAGCUCAGCAGACAGGAAGGAAUGGAUUGUUGUCUUAGAACGCAGUUGCAAGAAUGGAAUGGCUUCAAGAUAGCAGAAAGGAAAUAUGUUGCCAUGCCAUCGUUAGGGUUAGGAUGAAAAGAUGGGCCAUGAGCAUGGGUUGUGGGGCUGUUGUGGGGAAGAUGUGAGGCUGGUACCUGUCUUUUAGUGUGGAUCUCGGGAGUCUUGGAGACCCCAGGUUCCUGCCCACUCCAGGCCGUGCUCUCCUGGGUGCUUGAGUUUGGUGAAGCAACCAUCUACACAUCCCUCUGUUACCUGCCUUUUGAUUCAUACUCUGAAGGUGAGCUAUAGUUUACCUCUCCUGUCAAGACGAUGCAGCAAUGGCGGCAUAUUCCACCCUGAUGUUGACCGGUGGACGUGGUCAUCACACACUGCACAAAGCAAGAGUUAGUGUUAGCUUCCUGUCCUUACAAUGAUUCCCAAGAGAGGCGAUGGCAGCUUAGAUUCAUUAUCCUUCAUGUUUUAGUUCAAUCCCUCUCCCUCCCUCCUUCCUAAUUUUAUUUAUGGAAAAUAGGAAAGUAACUGAUUUGGUAAUGUUGGGGAGCGGCAGAGGGUGCCUUAACUUUUCCUGGCUUGGCUCCCCACUUACGUAUUCCCGUCAUGUGUUUUGUUGCUUUGUAGAUGUUUCCAUGUCUGUCCAACUUGUACCUUCAUCAUCAGCAAGGACCCUUUUAAAUGUAGCAAAUGGGACUGUUUUAUAGAAAGUUGUGAUAGCAUAUAGGCCUUGGAGAAAGUCUGAUAAUGGUGUGUAAAUAUCCUUUGCUCAGUUAUGGGACGUUUUUCCUAAGGUCUGUUAGGUGAUAACUACAGGAAGAUUCCUAAAGUUAAGAACGUUUUUCCAGAAAACUCCAGUGUUCAUGGAAGCAAGGAACCAACAUAUUUCUGUUUUACAUUCUGUCCUUAGCACUGACAGGCUUCUCUCUCCACAGUGAUGGCUGCUGUGGUGCACCACGGAGACAUUACACAUGAGAAGGGGAGAGAAAACACAUACAGCACACUAUUCUGAAGCCUGCUUCAUCUUUUAAAACAAAUUCUAUAAUAUUACCAGACUUAUAGUGACUGUGCAGCACAGUUUGAUCUGCAUAAUACUGGGGGAAUAUUUUUACCUUUAGCCUCUGUCAUUGCUCAUUCUAGAUGGUUCCACAUGUACGCAAGCUGUUUUAUCGUUGUGUAUUUUCAGAGGUUGGGUAAGAGUAAAAAUAGGAAAUCUUAAAUAUCCUUUCUCAUGUAUUAUCUACUAGUCCAUGGAUAUAAUAAUGCUGGGGAAAUUUUUUUAAAUCAGACUAUAGAAUUGAAGUCACCUUUGAAGUGUUUACAGAGUGGCUCCCUCCUAUUAAAGCCAAAUUUGAUGAUUGACAGGAAGUAUGGGGUAACCCAACGCUCUUCAUCAUUCCUUUCUUUUUUAAGAAUUUCAUACAAAAUGUAGCAGGUAAGAAAAAGGGUUUAGUUGGUACUUUUUUAUGAUGUAACUUGGGAAAAAAAAACAACAACAAGAAACGGUGCCUGUCUGUUGGCUAAGAUGAAGCAGAGUCACUGGGGAAGCGUCUUUUCUUUGGUGUGUUCCUGAACCGUGGCUGGCAGUGAGAAGAUGAACCAAGUCUCAGUUUCUCUACCUCCCCUCCUUGGAGAACAUUUGGAAAUGUACCCUGUGAAUAAAAUGGGUUUCUUUUCGA